AUGACGACCAUGGAUUUGCGUGUCGGUAACAAGUACCGUAUUGGACGAAAGAUUGGCAGCGGCAGUUUCGGCGAUAUCUACCUGGGCACCAACAUCAUCUCUGGUGAAGAGAUUGCCAUCAAGCUCGAAUCCGUCAAGGCCAAACACCCCCAGUUGGAGUAUGAAGCCCGUGUGUACAAGUCUCUCGCUGGCGGGGUGGGAAUCCCCUUUGUCCGCUGGUUCGGCACUGAAUGUGACUACAAUGCCAUGGUUCUCGACCUUCUCGGCCCUAGCUUGGAAGACUUGUUCAACUUCUGCAACCGCAAAUUCUCCCUCAAGACUGUCCUCCUUCUGGCUGAUCAACUCAUUUCUCGAAUCGAAUACAUUCACGCCAAGUCCUUUAUCCAUCGCGACAUCAAGCCAGACAACUUCUUGAUGGGCAUUGGCAAGAGAGGCAACCAGGUUAAUGUCAUCGAUUUCGGUUUGGCAAAGAAAUACCGUGACCCCAAGACUCAUUUCCAUAUUCCAUACCGUGAGAACAAGAAUCUGACUGGUACGGCGCGAUAUGCCUCGAUCAACACUCACUUGGGCGUCGAGCAAUCUCGUCGUGAUGACAUGGAAUCUUUGGGCUAUGUCAUGCUCUACUUCUGCCGUGGUUCUCUUCCGUGGCAGGGCCUCAAGGCUGCGACCAAGAAACAGAAGUAUGAUCGUAUCAUGGAGAAGAAGAUGACCACCCCCACCGAGGUUCUUUGCCGUGGAUUCCCAAAUGAGUUUGCCAUCUACCUCAACUACACCCGUUCCCUCCGCUUCGAUGACAAGCCGGACUACUCCUACCUGAGAAAGAUCUUCCGGGACCUCUUUGUUCGAGAAUCCUUCCAGUACGACUACGUGUUUGACUGGACUGUCUACAAAUACCAGAAGAACGCUCAGGCCAUUGCCCAGGCAGCCGGAAACCAACCCACCCAGGAGGAAGAGGAGAAGCCACGACGGGGCCACACGGGAACCCAGGCGGCGACGGGGGCUCCGACCCCUCAUAAUGCUUCCCAGGCCGGCAAACCAGCAGCCAUAUCCAGCUCCCGACGCAAGGUCAUCGAACGCGGCACUAGCGGCAACGACCAGGGAGGAAGUGACAGGAUGUGA